AUGCAGGUGGAUUGGAAUGAAGGGGAUGUGGAGAGGAACCAGAGCCCUGUGGGGCCGCCCCGGGCGGUGGCGGCGGUGGCGGGAGCGGGGGUGGGGGGGGGGAGCGCGGCGAUCGGCGCUGAGGGGAGGGAGCGGGCACCGACAUCCGGGACCUUGGCUCGCCGGGAGCCGCGGCCGGACGGGGCGGGCGGGCGGCUGCUCGCAGGUGGGUCCGUGUCCCGGGUGCGUGUGUCCCGUCCCCGCUCCACCGCCGCCCCGGCUCCAUCCGCAGCCAACCCCGCCAUAGCCUCCCGGUGUGCGCCCCGCUGCCCCGUCCCGCCCGUCCCGUCCCGCCCCCUGGAUUCCGGUUUAGACGGUCUGCCUGGCGCAAGAUCUCCCCCCUGGAUAACCCCGCUUCCAACCUCCCCGGCGGCGGCAGCAGCGAGCCUCGGCCAUGCGCCCUCGCCGCAGCUCCAGCAGUGGAUUUCCUUCGAGCCCUCCUGCCCAUAUUGUGCUAUUGAUCGCUGAGCUGAACUUCCUCCUGAAAUCAUUAAAGCUUAAAAAAUUGAUGGCACAAUAGAGCCCUUUAUUAGCC